AUGGAUUUGGCUCGUCCAGUCGUGAUGUCAUCGUCGCCGAGAAGGGGAGCAAGCAUUCCCAUUCCUGAAGUUCGGAAGCCAACGUUUCGUUUUGAUGUUGAAAAUGGAGGUGCACCAUGUCGAAGUCCACUGGAUGCUGCAAGUCCUUCAUCCGGGUUGGUGCUUUCAGCAAACUUCAGCCAAAGAAGAGAAUCUUUUCUGUAUCGGUCGGACAGCGAUUUUGAUUUGUCACCAAAGUCUAUGUCCAGAAAUUCAUCUAUCGCUAGCGACUCACAUGGAGAAGACAUAAUUGUAACACCCUUUGCACAAAUUUUAGCAAGUUUACGAAGUGUUCGCAAUAACUAUGUAUCCAUAACAGGGAUCAAUUCCACAAAAAAAUCCACAGGUGAAAAGCAGUACACUAGGAGCGCAUCUAUCACAUUAACUGAAGAGAAUUAUUCAAAAGCAUUAGAAACGUUAGAAGAACUUGAUUGGUGCUUAGAUCAACUAGAAAACAUGCAAACACACCGAUCAGUUAGUGAUCUAGCGUCCAGUAAAUUUAAACGUAUGCUGAAUCGUGAACUCAGUCACUUUUCAGAAACAAGCAGAUCGGGUAACCAAGUAUCCGAUUUCAUAUGCAAUACUUUCUUAGAUAAGCAGCAGGAAAUGGAUUUUCCAACAACGAAAGAUAUAAAGGAAGUUGCACAACCACCGCGGUUACGACCAAUGCCCGCAAAACCCGGUGAGAUGAACCGGAUUGGUGGAAUUCAGAAGCUGCGACAUCACAAUAGUUUUACAGGGUUAGUUCCCAGGUUCGGUGUAGAAGUCAGAAAUGAAGCAGAAACGGACAAGGAAAUGGGCAAUAUUGACAAAUGGGGCCUAGAAGUAUUCAAAUUGGAUGAAUUGACGAAUCACAGACCGUUGACUGCAGUCGUAUAUACAAUAUUUAAAGAAAGGGACUUACUAAAGACGUUUAAAAUUCCAGCCAAUACAUUGGUUACGUAUAUGUUGACACUGGAAGACCAUUACGUGAAAGAUUCACUGCAGAACGUCUUCACAGAUUUAGAAGUAUUAGCUGCGUUAUAUGCGUCUGCUAUACAUGAUGUUCACCAUCCUGGGCUUAAUAAUCAAUUCCUCAUUGAAACAGAUAAUGAAUUGGCACUUAUGUACAAUGACGAGUCGGUCCUAGAGAGCCAUCAUCUGGCUGUGGCUUUUAAACUUUUGCAAGAAGAAAACUGUGACAUUUUACAGAAUUUGAGUCGAAAGCAGAGAAGGACGUUUCGAAAGAUGGUUAUUGAUAUGGUGCUAGCAACUGACAUGUCAAAACACAUGAGUUUACUUGCUGACUUGAAAACUAUGGUGGAAACCAAAAAAGUUGCUGGCUCGGGAUUACUUCUGUUGGAUAACUACACAGAUAGAAUACAGGUUCUUCAAAAUAUGGUCCAUUGCGCUGACUUGGGGAACCCAACCAAGCCGUUGGAGCUUUAUAGGAAAUGGACAGAGAGGGUCAUUGAAGAAUUUUUCCGGCAGGGUGACAAGGAGAGAAAGCUAGGAAUGACUAUAAGCCCGAUGAUGGACAGAGAAAACGCGUCAGUUGAGAAAUCACAGGUGGGCUUCAUUGACUUCAUUGUUCACCCAUUGUGGGAAACUUGGGCCGAUCUGGUGUAUCCGGACGCUCAGGAAAUCCUGGACACACUGGAAGAUAACCGAGAUUGGUAUCAAAGUAUGAUACCGAUUAGUCCCUCACCCAAUUACAAAGAAGGGGAAGAAAAGUUUCAAUUUGAUAUGGAUGAAGGACAGAGUAAUAAUAAAUCGUUGAUGGUAAACGAAGUAUGCAACCCUGGAGAUGCUGAGGAGGUGAACGAGGGGGUUCCAGAAAAAGCUGCGACGAAUUCGUGAUUCUGUAAGAAGCAUUGAAGUGCAUGAUGUUCAUUUCUUGGUCCUGACAAUUUUGUUUUCAAUCACUAGCCAG